UGUAAGCCUCCGGAAAUUAUGUAGUCCUGUGACGUGUUUUUGGAUGCAGACAGAGAUGUGUGUGUAUGUGUGUGUGUGUGAUGUGCUGUGAGGAAUGGAAAAAAGGCGUCUGUCAGUGUUGGAGGGGGUCCCGACACGUCACAUGCAAUUUUCCAUCUGGAAGGAGCUUGUUUAGGUCUGCGCACCGCAGUGAGGAACAGCCCACGGUGCCUUCAGUGGUCACUGGAUCACAGACCUCCACUACUGAUCACAGUCUGAAGGGAUUUAAAAAAUAAUCAACCAUGAAGCGCAGACUCUACGGACUAGCACUCAUCCAUCUUUUCACAACUUUUCCUCUGAUCAGUGGCUCACCUUUCCAAUAUAACGUGUUCCAGGGCAAUGCAUACUCUGCUACCGAAACACGUCAGAAAAACAAAAACUGGUGCGCCUACGUUGUGCACAAGAACGUGAGCUGCGCCGUCACGGGAGGCGCGGAGAGCUUCGUGCAGCCCGAGCUUCUACCGUGUCCACCGGAGCUGCCAAACUGUGCGCAACAAGUGAUAUAUCGGACCCACUUUAAGCCCAUGUAUAAGAUUGCAUACAAGACUGUAACGGAGCUGGAGUGGAGGUGCUGCCCAGGUUACCAGGGCCAUGACUGCCGGGAGGUGAAAGACAUAAAACUACUCCAAGUAGAGCGUUUGCCUCAUCCUCCCUCUGCCUCUGGACAUACUACAGUCCAACAAGCUCCAGGACAGCGAACAGAGAGCCAUCCAUGGGGAAGGGAAGGGCAGUUUGGAGGUCAGACGGGUAACAGGCCACGAGGGGGUCAUGGAGGAUAUCAAAAUGUGCAACACCUGGAGGAGGAGGUGCGGCAACUGUCCCAGAUGGUCCUCGACAUGCAAGCAAGAAUGACAGACAUGUCCUCUAAUCUGAGACUGGAUUUCCAAGAGGAUGCCAGUAAAAUGCUGGUAACGCUGCUGAACAACAUCAGACAACCUGCCAGUGCGAGGGGCGCGGAGACCCAAACCAUUCAGUUGCAGGACUUCUCUUUAGAACAUGAGACAACAACGAUGGACGAGGUCAUGAACAAGAUCAGCCAGAUCGCAGACGAUCUGGAGUCCAAGAGCAAUACCCUGGAUGACCUGCUGGGUCGUGUCAGCCGUCAUGACGGACAAAUUCAUCUGUUAAUGGAGGCUGCCCAGAACCAGCUGUCCACCCCUUCUCCUGCUCCCCCAGCCAGUGACACAGAUCUGCGUGGCUACCUGGAUGAGAAGCUCAGUGCUCUGCGAGAGGAGUUAAUGGAGGGUAUGGAAAUCAAAUUGGCAGACUUGAAAAAUUCAUGCGAUUAUAAAAUCCUAUCAGUUCGGGAGCAGUGCGAGGGACAAGAAGCCAACUACCUCAGCCUGGCUGAGCUCAUGGACUCAAAGGAAACUGACCUCCGCAAAGAGAUCCAUGACCUUAAGACCAAGUUGGUUGGCCCAGGAAAAGAAGACACCUGGGUAUCUGACUCUGUUCUAGCUCGAGUAGAGUACCUUGAGCACCGUCUGAACUCAUCUGAGAAGUCUGUAGAGGCUCUGUGCAUCUCUGUGGAGGAGAAGCUGAAGAUUGAACGGGCAGACGCCAUCCAAGAUUUGAGGGUAACGCUGGAGGACAAGCUGGCCUCCAUGGAAGACAGACUCACCACCCUUUUGUUGGAUACAAACACAAACUCCGGAUCUGGUGGUCAGCCAGAGAGUCAGGGUGUUCUGCAAUGGGACGUUGACAAUCUCAAGGGUUCUGUUCAAACUCUAGAGAAUCGAUUUUAUGUCUUGGACCAGCUGUGCUCAAAGGAGUGCAAGACUAAUUUGACUUUUGUGGAAAACAUUCAACAAGACCUCCAGAGCUGCAGAACUGCUGUACAUGCUAUGGAAACUAGUCUAAAAGUCCAGAUAAAUGGCCUUGAAGCCAUGGAGGGACAACUCCUCAACCACAGCUUUAGUACUGAGAACAUACAUGGUGAGCUGAGCCACCUGAAAGAGCGUGUGAAUAGGUUGGAGGACUCAUUAUCAGAUGUCGUUCAUGAGCAGUCUCAGACCCUGCACAGUCUCAACUCUUCCUGGGGCCAAGUAACAACAGGGGCUGAGCAGGAGGCCAAGGAACUUUUGGAGCUCCACAGGACUCAGCACCAAGAACUGAUAAACCGACUGAAUGAGCUGGGUAGAGAGGUGAAAACCAAGGCUGACCACUGCAGGGAACAAACGGAAGAUGUGGGGAAAGAGAUUGCCCACAUGGACAGCCGCAUUGUUAGUGUGGAGAGUUUAUGCGGCAAGCUGGACCCUAUCUCCAGUAGCCUUCAGAGGAUCAAAGAGGGCCUGAAUAAACAUGUCACUGGGUUGUGGACUUGUGUCAAUCAGCUGAAUGGUACGGUUAGAGCUCAUUCCCAAGAUAUUGGAGGACUGAGGGGAACUUGUCAGAACCUCCAGAACCUCAUGUCUAAGGUGCUAACGAGCAGCAACCCUGGGAAGACAGGUGUUGCUGUGGAGGACACAGGAUCUCCCCUGGGUUCAGGUAAGAGCCCCCAGGUGCCAGUUGGUCCCCUGGAUGCCCCCGUCCCACAGCCACCUGUGAUGGAGACCGGAGAGGCAGGACCGCCCAGCAGGAUGACCUCGUCCAAGUUGCCUAAGGGGACCGACGGCAGCAUGAUGCCUGUUCAGGGUUUUGCUGGAGCUCCAGCGUCCCCACAUGUCAAAUUUUCUGACUCGCUAAAGCCCAGCACACCACUCAUCUCAGACGUGAACCUGCCCCACAGACCAUCACCACACAAACCAGCCCCGGCUUCAGGUGAGACAGUGUCAUUCUCAGCUGGUCUGACUCUUCCGCCGUUCCAGGGAGAGAUGGGAAUCAUUCGAUUCAACAAGGUGCUGGUCAACGAUGGAGGACACUAUGACACUCAUACAGGUAUCUUCACAGCUCCCACAGAUGGCCGCUACCUGGUGACCGCCGUGCUCACAGCCCAGCGAGGCGAGAGGGUGGAGGCGGUUCUAUCUGUGUCCAAUCACAGCAUCCAGAGGUUGGACUCCACGGGCUUCUCGUCAGGAGCGCCAGCGCCGCUGUCACAUGAUCAAUGUAACUGCAGCAGCUCGACCUCACUGAGCCUCGUUCUGUCUCUGAGGAGAGGCGAUCGAGCAGGGCUGGUCAUGACUGCGGGAAAACUCGCCAUCUCAGCCUCCUCUGAGAUCCUGUCAUCUUUCAGCGUUGUGCUUCUUUACCCUAGUCCAUCCAAACGGUAGCCCUGCCUUUUUUAGGGACACCUAAGUGGAGCAUGGUCUUCAUUAUUCGGCAUCCACCAAGAUUAACAGGGACAUUAUCAGAGGACGGAAAGAAGGAUAAAAAAUAGCAAGUAGCAAAAAGGAAAAAUUCCAAAUGCACGAGAUCCCUUCUAUUGAGUACUAAUAUAUAGUGUGUUUAUAUUGCAGUUAUUUUCAUGUCUUAUUAUGAAGUUCUGUUUAUAACCUGGACCUUACAAAUACAUAAUUAGCUUGAAAAUGUAAGCGUCCACUGCAGUAAGUUAGGAGUUUCUUCCUUAAUAUUUGGGAACACAAAGUGUCUUGUACCACACCACCCAUUAUUAAUGAACUGUGAGUGCUAAAAUCUGAGUUCCAGAAGAACUUGUAUUUUCUUACAGUUCAUACCAGUGUACACACACACACACACACACACACACACACACACACACACAUACACAGCUCUUCUUGUUGGUGCUAAAACUGUCACUAAUGUUCAAAUUGUGCAUUGUUACUUCAAAUAAAUUUUUUCAAUAAAGCAUCAUCCAA